AUUAGCGAAACUAAACAUCGAAAGCAUUGAUCUAGGUAGAAUAAAAAAAGUUAAUUUAUUGAAUAGUACAUAUCAAAAUGAUUGGAUUGAAAUUCAUCGUGUAAUAAAUGAUGAAGAUGGUAAUGAGAAAAAUGAAUUAUUAACUUAUUUAACAAAUGGUUCAAGUAAUUCAGCAUGGAAACAUUUAUAUAGUAUUGAAAAAGGUUGUUUAAGAGUAACUAUAUAUGCAUCAAGUGGAAGUAAAACUAAUGGUUUUAUGGCAGAAGUUACACUCUUUCCUGUAACACCAUUUUCCACACGAGAAAUUGUUCAUCAAAUAUCAGAUAAUGUCUUUUUGGGUAAUCAACAAGGUGUGUUAAAAUAUACUUCUGCAGGUGAACGAUCAGCUAAUUUAUAUUUUCAAUCAAAUACACUUCUUUAUAAUGGUUAUUAUCGAUAUAAUUCUUCAUCAUCACCAAUAAAUUUAUUUCUUUUUCAAAAUUCUCAACGUUUUUAUUUUGGAAAUAAUUGGUUAAGUAGAAAUUUAGGUGGAACAUAUAUACAAUGUUAUAGUCAAUCAUUAUCAUCAAUAUUUAAUGGUCAUCUUUUUAAUAAUGUUUUCUAUCGAAAUAAUAAUGAUUCUGUUCUUACAUUUAAUGGUAUGGAAAUGUCAGCAUUUUGUAAUUUAUAUGCAAUACAAAAUGCUAUUAUGUUCAAUGAUGCAUAUGAUCGAAAUAUAAUUAAUUUCAAUUCAGUUGUAGCUAAUUUUAGGUAUGUUUUGAUAUCAUAUAUAAUGCAAUUAAUAUGAAGAGUUCAGUAGACGUAGUGUAUAGAAGAUAAAUAAUCUAAAUUUUCUAUGAUUUUUAAUGAAUUAUAUUAUAAGUUAUACGAAUCAAAAUAAUAUUUGUCAGAUAAAUUAAUAGAAACACGAUUAUUUAAGACUUUCUAGAUUUCAUGUGAAUAAAUGCUGAAGUAGUUUUCUCGAACAAGAGAGUCGCACAAGACUAUGACGGACGACCACUGAAAAAGAAGCCACCGAGGACUAAAAAAAAAAGAGUACUUACGAGGGAAGGUCCCCAACUGAUCAAUCGCUUUUGCGUUGAGGCUAUGUGCAUUAUAUAGGUACAAAAGAGUUAUGAAUACCCUGAAAAAAGUUCGGACUGCUAGCUUAUUGCUACAGAGAUACUGCACUUUUACGGUAUGUUUAUAAAUGAAAGCUGUGGUCCUCCUCAGGAACACCGAAAAAAAAUUAUUUUCGAAUUUCGACUUGGGAACUUUACAUAUAAAUAGAUCUUACCGAGAAUAGUAUUUUAUCAAAGUUUCAGAUCUUUUUGCUGUUGUUAUCGGUAGAUACAACUAUGAUAAUGUUAUUCAGAUAAACCAAAAGAUUUGAUGUUGUCAUUUCAGGAU